GAAGGGAGACAAACUACUCAUUCAUCACCAAAUUAAUCAACACACCUUUUUUAAUAUAAAUGGCGGCAAAAUCUGUUGAUCAGGAAAUUGUGUACGAGGAAUUUGAACCUUUUUGCAAAUGGCAACGCAAGGAAGAUCGCGACUUUCUUGAAAUCCACCUCCAAGACUUCAAAAAGGAGCAGCUGAAAGUGCAAAUCAGCAAUCAUGGUGUGCUGAAGAUUUCGGGAGAGCGGCCAAUAGAUGCUUCAAAACACAUGAAAUUCUACAAAGAGGUGGCUGCCCCCAACACCAAAUACGACACCCACGCAAUCCAUGCCAAAUUCAUCAACAACAACCUCCUCAUCACCAUGCCAAAGCUCAAACCCUCCUCGCCUGACCCAACGGAUGUAUCGGAACCCGUAUCCGCUCCCGUUGCAGCGGCUCCGGCUCCGGAGAAGGUGACACCUCGUCUAGGAGGAAACGUACCGGCGGCGGAGGUGCAGUGCCAGAUGCAAUCCUGUCGGAAGCGGCCGUUUAUGGGCUCCAAAUUGGCGAAGAUGGCGGCGAGCCUCGCCGUGACGGCGUUGGCUGCGGUGGUGCUCGCUGCUUAUGUGCAUUUCAUGUAUAAGUCGACCGUUGGUGAUGACUCUAAUUGAAGUUGAAUUUGUGCAUUUGAUGUUGUAAUAAAGCUAUUGAUGCGAUAUUGCAUUGAUAAUUAAUUUGUUAAUCACCCGCUAAUAAAUGACUAUAUUUUCAAAUAAA